CUUUACAUUCAUUUCCUCAUCACGAUCGAAUUCAAAUUUGAAUUCCAUUGUUGAAUCUAAAAAAGUUGAAUUCAAUUUCCUAAUUCAUUCAUUCAUUCUAAUCAAUCAGAUUGGAUCCAACUUGCUCAUCUUCUCUCUUUUUUCACACACUGCAUAGAUUCACCUCACUCAUUCUAGUAUCUCCCUUCUCCUUUUCCCCUUCUCUCCAAUUCCCCCCUUUCUCUCUAAUCUUCUUAGUCAGCAUUACCCCCAUAUCUUUUCUGUCGCUGUUGCCAUUGUGGAUAUGAGGGGCACAUGCUUUGCAGCACCAUUGGCCUCUUGUCCACAACCCUCGAUGCUGCUCAAACUGCCCCCACCUCGCCCACCUCUACAUUCAUAUACUACGACUAUCACCACUACCAUCACUACCACUAUUACGGCACACACUCUUAUCCAUACACUCAAUGUUCCAUUACUCCGAUAUCGUCGUCGCCAUUCUUAUAUUUCUCCUUAUACUACUCUGUCAGCAUUAACAUCAGCAGCACUUGACCUUGACUCCUUAUUAUUAAUGUUUCCGCGGACUUAUCGCCCUCAGUUGAGGGCAUCCAGAGCAUGGUUUUCUCCCCCUUUUCUCUUACUCUUAUCAAUAUUGCUCUUCAUGCUCUUCAGUACCACCAUCACCACUGUAACGGCCCAAGCACAUAGCAGUGAAAGUGUACUUAUCCCCUCCACGCCAACAUCACCACUUCCUCCUCAGAAUACGGGCUUUGUUGACACUCAGGGUAUCGUAACCCUAACAGCCCUUCAAAAUGAACCGUCCAAUUGCACCGGCAAUGAACACGAUUUUAAUACAUGGCUUAUCACCCAUGGAAGUGUUCUUCUAAAAGACAAUAUCAAGCUUGACUUGAUGACUCCUAUCGGUUUGGAGUUAAACGACGCCUUCUCUAAUAUUGACUUCACUAUUGAAAGUAUGGUGAACAAAAUUUACGAUGCCAUUAAAUCCUCUACACCUACACAUGGACUUAUUGUUUCCAUUCCCGAUUAUGAGGCACUCAAAGGACCUCUCGAGGAAGCCAAAAACAGAGGUAUACCCAUUGUUGCGGUCUAUUCGGGCUGGGAGGCUGCUAAGGAGCUUGGUAUCCCUGCAGUAAUGUCGAACGAGGUUGAAGCCGGACAGCUUCUUGGUGAGCAAUUGAUAAAAGAUGGCGUCAAAGAUUUUGUUUGCAUCAACGGCAUCUAUCAUCUGACUGCUCUACUCGAUCGAUGCAGAGGAGUACUCAAUGCAUUCCUGAGUGCAGGUAGAAGUAUCUCCUUUAAUGUUGCUGAUUAUAUGAUCUAUUCUGACGGGAUAAACAGCACCACGGUUGCGAACACCAUUCGGGAGCGUAGCUCUGUCAAUGGGAUUGUCUAUCUCACAGCGCCGGUGUUCUCGGGCUUAUCCAGCGGAGUGACAUAUAUCCUCAACAAUACACGCUCGUUCAAAAUCGCAGCCUUCGACUUUAAUAAAGAUAUGAUGAAUCAACUAGAAAGUGGAGUGCUUCAUUAUUCGGUCUCCAGUCUUUUGUAUUUGCAGACUUUCAUCGCUUAUUUGCUUCUCAACAUCCAGCUUACGGUUGGCGAAAAAGUUAAACAAAGUAUUCGCACAGGCCCUAUGUUGGUUACAAAGUCAAAUGCAGAAGACAUGUUGGCACAAGAGUCAUGGAGAUUUAGUAAUACAAAAGGGCAUGGUGGUAAACUUAGUUUGAUCACUGGCAGCCCGGCAGUCAACGAGUAUUGGGAUAUCGUAGCCACUGGGGCUCGAGAUGCCUCCAUGCACUUAAACUGGACUAUGACAGAGUAUCGGUAUGAAACCAUUCGACAAGAAUCUGUAAAGUUCAGCAUCGAUGUCACAUUCAACGAUACUCUUACUAGAGGGCUAAUCGUAAGCAACGCCGACGAGACAUACAUUGAGUAUGCUUUAAACAAAACACUACAGCAAGUCGACUGGCGAACAAGAGCCGUGAAUAGCACCAUUCGGGAGCAAUGUGAUAAACAGGAUCCAAAUAUACCAACUUUAGGCUUGAGAUGUGAGUCAUUGCCACCAUGGAACCACACUCUCGGCAAGGUACUCCCCUUGCCUGUUGUUGGGAUUGGGUACCCAUACGGCGGUCAGCGUCAUCCUAGCCUUUCUUGGGUUGGUGAGAAUGGUUAUAGGGCUGGUCAGGAAUAUGCAGACGAAAUUAUAAGGAACGGUCGUAAGAGACCAGUUUGUGUCGUUCAAAAUUACAAGGUUACUCAGCAAAUCAAGAUGUGUGAUGGGCUGUUUUACAGGUUGAAAGAGACAUUAGGAGAUAAUUCAGUCCCUCCAUUUGAGUAUUUCCUCGUACAGCUGACACCCGGCGAUUUUGCGGGGACCAGGAAGAUGAUCGAGCUCAAGAAAAUCUACGAUUAUGAUAGCAUCCACACUACGUCAUCCGGCCUCUAUGAUAAUAUCAAAUAUUUAUUUUCUUUACCAAAUAACAUCAACAGUAGUACCCUCUUCGUCAGCACAACAGGGCGAUCGUAUGCAGCAUUGACAGAUCUCAUCGAGAAGAAAGUUCACAAGGUCUGGACUCAGCAGUCGUACCUCAAUGGAUAUAUGGCAGUGAUUCAGAUGGCUAUGUCAACAGCCCUGCAGGACAGGGCUUGGGAUAUUAUUGAAACUGGGCCAACUAAAGUUGAAUAUGUCUGCGAAGAGGGCCAGGAGCGCGCCAGAGGCACCAACCAAACGUCACUAUUUUGUCGCUUGCCUUCAGGAACCCAUGCCAGUGUUCCAUAUUGUCGACCAUGCCCAUUAAAUUACUAUAGUGAUAAACGAGACAGCAUCAACUGCACCGCCUGUGCGCGUGGUACAUUCACUAACCAAACAGGAUCGAGAGCUUGCCUGAGUUGCGAUGAAUAUGGAAAAGCACAUCCUGCAUGUCAACCUUACUUCCUCGAAAAACAGGGAGCUUUCGAUAUCAACCUGGCCAUCUUUCUCCCUUUGGGACUUGUCUUCUUGACAGCUAUCAUUGUUACACUCGUAUUCUGUCUCCGUCGGAAACAAAAGCGCCGUUCACGACUUCGAGACGACUCUUGGAUACUUGACUUCAAGAGGAUAAUGGGCGUGUAUCACGAACUAGAUAGUGGUGUAGGGACACAAGAUUCUGAUUCUAUAGCAGAGCAAGGGUUAGGCCACCAUAGCAAACAUGCCACGAGGCCUACUGGGGCAUUUCAGCGUAGCCAUUCAACUUUUGUUGGAGGUCCCUCCGGUAUUCAACCUAUGGACGAAAAUGGGAGAGCUAUUGGAGUAUAUCGCAAUCUUCCAGUGUUUGUUCGCCGUAUCGGAGGGACGAAGGUGAACUUGACACGCAAGAUGCGUAUUGAGAUCAUGGAUGUAAUGGAGCUGCGCCAUCCCAAGCUAGUAGAGCUUAUCGGUAUAUGCCUCCAACCCCCUGAUAUCUGCAUUGUGACGGAGCAUUGUUCAAAAGGAACACUCACAGAAGUUUUAGCGAACCCAGAUCUCAAUUUCAAUUGGCUGUUCAAACUUUCAUUUAUGACCGAUAUUUCACGAGCCAUGGAGUUUUUACAUCAAUCCAAAAUCCACUUUCAUGGUGAUCUACGGUCGGCCAAUUGUUUGAUCACAAGUCGCUGGGAGGUCAAAGUUGGUGGCUAUGGAUUAUGGCAGCUCUAUGAAUCACAACAGUCUAGCUAUGGCGCGUCUUCGCAAGCAGAGACAGGCCUAGGAGAAACCGGCCACAGCCAACAGCGCAAUUCUUUGCGCACAAGUAAUGAUACUCAUUUCACAAGCGGCUCCUCCGGCUCGCUUCCAUUACAGCACCUCACUACGGAAGAAACUCUUGAAUUGAGUGAUAUUUCAUAUCAUGUAGCAAAGACAACUAAGGAAAUUCACGAUAGUCGGUGGGUCGCGCCUGAAAACCUGGUUCGAAGAGGAGAUGUGUUUAUCAAAACUGCGAGCAUGGCGGGCGAUGUGUAUAGUGCGGGCAUCGUCUUUAACGAGAUCAUGACCCGCAAGACACCUUAUGCUCGACAAUUGGCCACGAUGGAUCCUAUAAAUGGUCCCACCAUGUUGUUAGAUAUGAUCAAGUAUGAAAAUUUACGACCCGACUUUUUGUUAGAUAACGGUUCGGAUGAAAGUAUUGGAGCAGUCAAUCAUUUGAUUCGUAGUUGUUUGCAGCCCAAUCCUGGUAUGCGACCCUCGUUUGCACAUAUCCUGCAUCGUAUAAGGCUUAUAAGCCCAGAUGGUGACAUGAUUGGUGGAAUGGCCGCUCUGUUAGAGAAGUAUGCCAAUGAUAUGGAGGAGUUGGUCAGGACUAGAACCAUGCAUCUCCAGGCCCGGACAGCUGAGUUGGAAGAAGAGCGACUUCGAACAGAGGCACUCUUAGUGGAUCUAAGUCAAGCCAAGAACCAUGCUGAGGAAGCUGCUAGAGCAAAAUCCAACUUUUUAGCUAAUAUGUCGCAUGAAAUAAGAACCCCGAUGAAUGCUGUGAUUGGUAUGUCACGCUUUUUACUCGAAUCUGAUCUCUCCCCGGACCUGAUGGAUUGCGUUGAGAUAAUCGAGUCUAGCGGAAACCAACUGAUGGCAGUGAUUGACGAUAUCCUGGAUUUUAGUAAGAUUGAGUCUGGCAAGCUCAAAUUAGUGCCUGAAGCUCUGGAUCUCCCACGAAUGUUGGAAUCCGUGUGCAACUUGGUUUCGGUGCAGGCGGCCAGUAAGAAUCUGGGUCUUACUUUUGUGCUUCAUCCAGACACACCAACACAAGUACUCGGAGAUCUAGUCAGAAUUCGACAGAUUCUUUUGAAUUUACUUAGCAACGCCAUCAAGUUUACAGGGAAGGGCAACAUUGUUGUCAAACUUCAGCCCAAGCCUAAGCUACCACCCGGUACUGGAGCUCGAGUCUAUGAGACCGAUGAUGACGAAGCGGUUCAUGAAUCAUCCCACUUGAUGCUGGAUUCAAUAUCCAGUCCAAAUCGCUCUCGUAAAAAUAAUAGCAAUAAUUAUAAUGAUUUCAGAGUAUCAGGACGACACCGACAGUCAGUGGUAAUUACAGGCCGUGGCCCAUACCAAGACCGGGCCAUGAAGGACCAUGAUCAGCAUGAACAAAAGAACCAGGUCGAUUUGCUUUGGUCUGUUGUCGAUCAGGGAUGUGGUAUCCCAGUCGAACGGAUGGACCGUCUCUUCAAGAGCUUCUCACAAGCGGAUGACUCUGUAACUCGGAAUUUUGGUGGCACAGGGCUCGGUCUCGCUAUCUCGAAGCGGCUAGUCGAGCUGAUGGAUGGAGAAAUGUGGGCAGAAUCUGAAGAAGGCGUGGGCUCGACGUUCUACUUUACAACACUGUUGGAAUUGCCUGGACCUUGUCCCACGGUGGCUGAACAACUCAAUUUGGCCUUCUUUAACGACAAGCAAUUGUUAAUUCUGGAUGACCGCCGUGUGAGCCGAACAUCCUGGCAAUAUCAAUCAUCUACAUGGGGCUUCCAGAAGGUGUUGGUGUUGAACGUCACAAAGGGCCUGGAAUAUCUGAAGCAGAAUCCUAACCAGGUCGAUGUGAUCAUGAUUGAUGUUGACAAAUUUCAAGCCAAAAUCAAUCCCGGUAUAGCUGUCCUGCAACAGGUGCGAAGUAUUCCUUAUGAUGAACCAGAGAACGAGGAGGCCAGACGGAAGCAAGAAAAGCCCAUACCUUGUGUAUUGGUCUCAUACCAUCGUCGUAGUCAAUAUGUGUCGCUGCAGCUCAAUAAGGCGUCUGUAGGAUCCACUGCCGUUGUAAAAGCAAGCCCUCCAAGCUCCAUUUCGACUGCUAUGACGCAUGCGGAUGAUCGGUCUGCCAGGAGUAUCAACGCUAGCAGUAGUCAUGAAAGCCUCUCUGAUAGCCUGAGAGGCCAUGGCCGAUUCUCGGAUAACAAGGACUCUUCAUCCAUUCAGGAAGAAUCAUUAUUUUCCUGUGUGUACUCCAAAGCUAGCACAUACACGCCCAACAUUGUCAACAGUGGAAUGUUGACAGCCAAACCUUGGAAUUCUGGCGUGUCUGCAAAGACAGGUUCGACGACGCAAACACAAUCUACUCCUAUAGACUCUGAUCCUUCUGUAGGGCACAUGAUCAAACCAGUGAAACAAGCCAAACUGUUCAAUAUGUUCCAUGGGCUGAUGACGGGUUCAUUGCCUUUGGCACCUUCUGCUGCUCCCAGCACGAAUCUCCCUGAGUGCGAGCGUAAGCGCCAGUUGGAGUCACUGCACUGCUUGUUAGUAGAUGACAAUCCUGUGAACCAAAGGGUGAUUUCCAGAAUGCUAAGCCGCAUUGGCAUCACACCUGAGCUCGCUAACAAUGGCCAGGAGGCUGUGGACAUGUGUCGAGCACGCGCAGAAGCUGUAGCCAGAGCGCAUAUUGCUGCCGAUACCCAACAAGUCAGUGGUAGCCCGGAAACAGUUCCACAGAGACAAUACGACAUUGUUUUUCUCGAUGUUUGGAUGCCUGUUAAAGAUGGAUUGGAGGCUGCAAGCGAGAUUCGAAGUUCGGUGCAAGGUGUCACGGCCACGGACCCAUUUAUCAUUGCCAUGACGGCCUGUGUAAUGCCAGGAGAUCGUGAAAAGUGUAUUGCCAGCGGCAUGAAUGCUUAUCUUUCCAAGCCAAUUAAGAAAGAAGAGCUUUGCACAAUUUUGGAGAAAUGGCUUGAUAACCGAACUCAAACCGAGUUGGUCAAGAAACUCAGCCAAGAACGAAAGCUGAUUCAGAAAAAGAAGCGUGAGAUGCUUCGACAGAAAAGUAUGGCUGUUCUGGAGGGUGGGCACUCUUCUAGAGCCCAAGUAACUGGCAACGAUGGUAAUAAUAAUGCACAAGGCACGUCUCCUUUACCGCCUGGAGCGGUCUCUGAACAGGAGAACUGGCAGAAGGAACAGGACGAUGAGGACGAUGAGGAUGAAGAGAUCGAGAGACUAGAUGGUCAAGAAGAGGAGGAUGAUGAGGACAGCCUUGCAGGAUCUCAAGGAGGUGUCGUAGAAGAGAACGAUCUUGAGUUGAUCAACAAAAAGCUUGCCGGCGCGAGGCAUAGGAAGGGUUCACACUCGCGCCAUUCAAGACGGGGAGGAAGAAGGGGAAGGCAUCGUGGCGAGCUUUUACUGAGUGAUAGUGAGGGUGUUCUUGGUUGUGAUGGCGGUGGAGGUGGCCUCAAAAUGGUCAGUGUUGCUGUAGAUGCGAGUCGAACUGCCAGACGCCAGUCCGCAAAGCAGAAACAGGAACGACGAGAUCGAAGCAAGUCUCAUAGAGAGCAACGAAAGGAGAAAUUCCGCGAAGGGAGCCGUAGCCGACUGGGUUCAUUCUCGGUUGAUCCUACGACGGGCAUCUCCCCUCUGCUGAACCAUCCCGCCAUAGUAGCUUCACAUUCAAGCGAUGACGAUGACAGCGAUGAUGAUGGAGAUGAAGACGUGGACGAAGUAUCGGAAGAGAGCGAUACGAAUCAGGGCCGUGAUGAAGAAAGACACUCUGGACGACCGAAGCUAGACCGGAUUGAGUCCAAUAAGACGGCGGACACUGUGGAUACCAUCCAUACCACGGACUCCUUCCACACCGCGCAGACACACACAAGGCCCACGUCCAGAAAUGAAGUUCAUCGGAGCAGCAGCCAAGGAGUGCUGUCGGACUCGUCAAGUACAGGCACCAUUCGAAUGCCACCUCUACGUCGUCAAUGGAUGCGCGAUAACUAAGUGCAGCUAAUUAAUCAUUACUAUUGGCUAUUCGUCAUCUUUUCCCCCCGAGGGCUCCAUGUUUAAUUCUCUUUAUUUGAUUUAUAUUUGUUAAGUUAAUUUUAAAAGCAUUGCUUUUUCUUGUAUUUUUACUCUGUGCUAUAGACAUCUCUUUGACAAAAAUAAAAAUUAAAUUAUUUCACAUUCUUUUAGUUUAAUUUUUACUAAAGGUCAUACUGCGUGC